CAGGGGCCAUGACUACCUCGGCCAGGAUGGAUCAACCUCCAAGCCAAUCUUUUUAAAACCAAGUGGCGGGUAAGUGGGGAUGAACCUCGUGGAAGAAGCGCAAGAAACAUCGGAUGAGAUGAUCUGGGGUGCUUGCAGCCUCUCCUGCGAGAGAAGAGCAACAACUACGCCACAUUGGGUACGGGGGUACUUCAGCCAAAAUCCUUCGCCUUGGCUGUCCCCAGCAACGGCAAGAAUAGAAAUACCAACACCAACUCCCCCUCAGUCAGCUCCAGAAUUGGAGGUGGAAUUUCUAUUUUGCUUCUGCUGUCGUGCCGCAUCCGUUAUCCCGUUUGAUACCCAAGUGGCUGUGCACCUCAAUCUCUUUCCUCUGCAGAUCCAGUUCCCUCUCCCGCGAGGCUCAAACCCUCGCUGUCUGACCACCGAGCCAUUCUCGCCGGCCCCUUCCCCCCAUCUAUUUCGUUUCCUCGGACUUUCCUUACUUAAUAUGCAUAUAUUCUGCCUGUUCGCCACGCCAAGUGGAUUUUGUUUGUGCAUGUUUUUGUGCUUGCGUGUGUCCUUAUUCGGGAGUUGUGAGCGAGAUUUAGGAGAGUUCUAGAAAGGCUUGGCUUUCAUUCAGUACAGUUGUUGCCUCGUGGGGAGCGCGGACUUACGUGGCCAUGAGGGGAUCGGCGGCUAAGCUUCUUUUCGUUUAGCUGUUAGAAUGAAAUUUGGAAUGUUUCGCGGUGACAAGACUGGUACUUCUUUCAUCUCCGAGUUGAGAUAAAGAUUGUUUCGAGAUCUGAGAUUUGAGAUGAGAUCACGUGAAACAGGGUUUGUUCCCGCCACAAGUUGAUCUUCCGAC